AUGCUAACGCACACCCUUCACCUUCCACCGGCUCUGUCUGAAAUAUACGGAGGCCCACGACCCGAGUGGCUGAAGGAGGUCCUCCAUUAUCUCCCCAACCUACAGUCACUGAUUGUAUCUAAACUACCUUUCUUCGAUCACAACGCAAUGAUGGCCUUGAAAGGUACUACUCGGAAUGAACAACAAGCCGAUACCGCUGUUUCCAAUGCAUAUAGCGUCCGUUUAUUGCUUGCGGACCGGGAGCCCAACACGACGUCACAGGGCCUUGCGGAAGCACUGCUGAGAUUCUCAGAACUGGUGUACCUCGAUUUAUCAUAUACCACGCCGGCCCGAGAUCGUAUGGUCUUAUCCUCGUUAUCUCAAUUGGAACAUCUCCAGGUGUUAAAAUUACGAGGUAUAGGUCUGAAGGAUACCGAUACGGAAUUCCUAGCCAAUGCUGUUGGGUUGCGAGCCCGAUUCUUAGACUUGCGCGAGAACAUGCUGACUGACAUGGCCGUGCGAUCUUUGUUGCAAGCCUCAUUCCUAACCUCGGGCGACGCUGCGAUCGAUUCUAGUGCAGGAGUGACAAAUACGGGGACAAUUUGUGCUUUCCCUCAGUUGACUCCAUCGUUCUCGAACUCCAAGUGGCUGAGCUCCUCCGCCUUAGAUGAACAGUUUAUGAAAGCAUUGACGCAGCCCCUGACGGGCCGCUCGUGGGUUGAGGGCCUAUCACACAGUGGCAUCACGCACCUCUAUAUAGCGGACAACCAGAUUACGGUGGAAGGCGCUGCAAGUCUCCUAGCUUCGUCUAGGCUGCAUGUGCUCGACGUGGGUACGGUCGAUACCGUGGAAUCUCUCACUCGAGGGCCGAGUUCCAUACCUUCACAGCCCCACGAAGGUCCCCAGGAACUUCCUGGAGCCGAAAAACUGAUACCGAUUCUUGGAUCUGCCGCUCGAGAAAAUCUGACGUAUCUGAGAGCACACCAUGCCAUCUGCACAAAUAACAACCCGUACAAAGAGUCUGUUUCGCUGAACAACCUUUUGCCCGAACUCCCAGCCGAAACUGAGACCGACACCGCGGAACAACAAGCGGAUGUAGAGCUGGAUGCUGCAAAUGAGAUUCAUGAACUCCCCGCUCAAGAGGCCCCAAUAUUUGAGCUCGAAGGGUCUCCGCUUCCACCAUCAUCGGAGAGACCCGUAAAUGGGCCUAGCCAGCCAAAUAUCUAUGAAGACGAACCAUUACCUUUGCGUCGACGCGGUUCGAUCUUUGCCCCAGAAAUCAUCGAGGACGGACCAUCUCCCGGAGUUGCUCGUGGCCUUUCAUUAUCGACUGUUUCGGACUCAGAAACCAGUCCGGAGCAGGCCGGGGCAAUUCCUCAAUGUACUUCGCCUGUAUCAAUGGAUGACCCUCGAGGCCAAAUGAUUCAAGAGCUACUCUCUAAGAGACCCAAAAACCAAUCGCUCCCGCGACGUGAUCACAAAGACAACAGCUUUCCAUACCUGCAUCCCUCUCAUGUUCCUCAUCUCGAGACGCUGGUUCUGACCGAUGUCCCAUCCCACGUGCCUGCAAAUUCUCCCUACCUAAAAUCUCUGAUCCGAUUCAUUACCGCAUGUUCUAAUGAGGCGCUGCUGGCCACUCUUCAAGCAGGCUCUGAUUACUCGCUCCCUCCAGGGCGGGAUCGGGUGAAGGCCGAGCAGGAACGAUCCCGGUCACUCUUUGCUUUACGACGACUGGUGCUUGAGAUUUCCCCUACAGAGAAACUGACUGGCCCUGCCAGACUGACUGCGUGGAAACCCGCAAGCUACCACAACGGGACGUCCAAGUCGACCACAGGGGACCGGGACCUCGAAAAUUUGUGGACAGCAUCGAUGGAUGAUUUCAGCUUCUUCGACGAGACUGAAUGUGGUAUUCCUGAGAACGACCCGGGCAAGUACUUCCCGAUGGCAGCCCUCAAUGAGAAGGUUACUUUGAUGCCCGAAGAUGACUCGGGGGACUCCACCUCCAUAUCCUCCUCACCAGGCCUGCUUCAUCGCAACUCCUCGCUGCCGAAGCACAUGCGACCCGAUGUCACUAGCAGGGACAUGGCUGCUAAUGGCACACAUCCACCACAAGUUGAGGAGCCAGAAGUGGACCUGGUCGCCGAACUGGCCGCCUUCCGACGGGCAAAGAAGGUGGAAUAUGAAGAAGUGGUACGGCGGGAUCGGAAACGGCGCAGCACUGUAGGGUCUGCGUCACUGCUCUCGCCUUCGACAUCAUCGAUUCGAUCCGUAUCUCCAUCACCAAGUAUCAGGUUCACCGGAGUGGUCUCGACGGCUCAGCUGUCCAUGGCCCAAUUCGUGAAAGGGCAUUGGAAAGGAGAAGUGAAGAUCGUGCGAAACGCCGCGCCCAAGGGACGGAGCGGCGUGGUGGAUAUGUAUGGGAAUUAUUUCGAGAAGGGGUAUCUGUAUCCUUGA